AUGGCCAUCAUAUCUGUGACGGUGUUUGGAUGUGCUGAUUGUACUGAUGACCAGACAGAGGCUGAGAAGGCCAGUGGGGAAAAUAAUAAAGAAAAGAAGGACGAAAAAAAAGAGAAGCCCAGCAACGAAGUUGCCAUUGAUUGCUGUGGUGGUGGUUGCUGUGAUGGAGAUGGUGGUAGUGG